AGGAGGAGUCCACCACUCUGAAGGUAGCGUCCUAUAUUCUGAUCACUGUGGGCUCUCUCUCCAUGGUCAUGGGCUUCCUGGGCUGUAUAGGAGCCAUCUACGAGAUACGCUGCAUGCUGGGCCUGGUGAGUAAACGCACAUCCACACUGCUAAAAAAUAACCCGGCUCUCACAGGGACUUGUUCCUUCACCGCAAUGCUGUAAAAGGUUGGGUUGGGGCAGGAUGUAGAGUGAUGUUGAAGUUAUGUCACAAUGCUCUAAGCUGCUGCAGUGAGCUACAAUUGUAGCUAAGAUAUCCACAUGAAACUUGAAUAGGGUUAGUUAGAACUAGACUACAAGCUCAGCUCAGUGUGUGAACACCUGGUGCUGUUUGGCCCAAUGAGCUUGGGUUGUUAGUAUAAUACCAUCCUCCUGACUGACUACUGAGUCUGUCGUCAAGAGCAGCCGUAUGUGUGGAUUAUUAAUGUGAGGGGGUUACAGAGAGGGGUGAGGAGGUUACAGAGAGGGGUGAGGAGGUUACAGAGAGGGGUGAGGAGGUUACAGAGAGGGGUGAGGAGGUUACAGAGAGGGGUGAGGAGGUUACAGAGAGGGGUGAGGAGGUUACAGAGAGGGGUGAGGAGGUUACAGAGAGCGGUGAGGAGGUUACAGAGAGCGGUGAGGAGGUUACAGAGAGGGGUGAGGAGGUUACAGAGAGGGGUGAGGAGGUUACAGAGAGGGGUGAGGAGCGUUACAGAGGGGUGAGGAGCGGUUACAGAGAGGGGUGAGGAGCGGUUACUGAGAGGGGUGAGGAGCGGGUUACUGAGAGGGGUGAGGAGCGGUUACAGAGAAGGGUGAGGAGCGGUUCAGAGAGGGGUGAGGAGGUUACAGAGAGGGGUGAGGAGCGGUUACAGAGAGGGGUGAGGAGGCGGUUACAGAGAGGGGUGAGGAGGUUACAGAGAGGGGUGAGGAGGUUACAGAGAGGGGUGAGGAGGUUACAGAGAGUGGUGAGGAGGUUACAGAGAGCGGUGAGGAGGUUACAGAGAGGGGUGAGGAGGUUACAGAGAGGGUGAGGAGGUUACAGAGAGGGGUUGAGGAGGUUACAGAGAGGGGUGAGGAGGUUACAGAGAGGGGUGAGGAGGUUACAGAGAGCGGUGAGGAGGUUACAGAGAGGGGUGAGGAGGUUACAGAGAGGGGUGGGGAGGUUACAGAGAGGGGUGAGGAGGUUACAGAGAGGGGUGAGGAGCGGUUACAGAGAGGGGUGAGGAGCGGUUACAGAGAGGGGUGAGGAGCGGUUACUGAGAGGGUGAGGAGCGGUUACAGAGAAGGGUAAGGAGCAGUUACAGAGAGGGGUGAGGAGGUUACAGAGAGGGUGAGGAGCGGUUACAGAGAGGGGUGAGGAGCGGUUACAGAGAGGGGUGAGGAGGUUACAGAGAGGGGUGAGGAGGUUACAGAGAGUGGUGAGGAGGUUACAGAGAGUGGUGAGGAGAGGUUACCGAGAGGGGUGAGGAGGUUACAGAGAGGGGUGAGGAGGUUACAGAGAGGGGUGAGGAGGUUACAGAGAGCGGUGAGGAGGUUACAGAGAGGGGUGAGGAGGUUACAGAGAGGGGUGAGGAGGUUACAGAGAGCGGUGAGGAGGUUACAGAGAGGGGUGAGGAGGUUACAGAGAGGGGUGAGGAGGUUACAGAGAGGGGGUGAGGAGGUUACAGAGAGGGGUGAGGAGCGGUUACCAGAGAGGGGUGAGGAGCGGUUACUGAGAGGGGUGAGGAGCGGUUACAGAGAAGGGUGAGGAGCGGUUACAGAGAGGGGUGAGGAGGUUACAGAGAGGGGUGAGGAGCGGUUACAGAGAGGGGUGAGGAGCGGUUACAGAGAGGGGGUGAGGAGGUUACAGAGAGGGGUGAGGAGGUUACAGAGAGUGGUGAGGAGGUUACAGAGAGUGGUGAGGAGAGGUUACCGAGAGGGGUGAGGAGGUUACAGAGAGGGGUGAGGAGUGGUUACAGAGAGGGGUGAGGAGCGGUUACAGAGAGGGGUGAGGAGGUUACAGAGAGGGGUGAGGAGGUUACAGAGAGGGGUGAGGAGGUUACAGAGAGGGGUGAGGAGCGGUUACAGAGAGGGGUGAGGGGGUUACAGAGAGGGGUGAGGAGGUUACAGAGAGGGGUGAGGAGCGGUUACAGAGAGGGGUGAGGAGGUUACAGAGAGUGGUGAGGAGGUUACAGAGAGUGGUGAGGAGGUUACAGAGAGGGGUGGAGGAGCGGUUACAGAGAGGGGUGAGGAGGUUACAGAGAGGGGUGAGGAGGUUACAGAGAAGAUAAUCCUGAGAGCUUAAGGGGUGUUCAUCAGAACAGGUGCUGGUGAGGGGGGGUGAACCUGCUAGCUCGGGGGGAACGGGUACUGGUGAGGGGGGGUAAACCUGCUCGAACAGGGCCGGGGGUUAAGGGGGGGUAUUAACAGGGGUGCUAUGGAGGAACCGCCUGAAAUAGCUAGCAGUCCUACUGAGAUGUCCAUGCACUGAAACUGUCAUUCAAUGGAAGAUAGAAUACUCUACCCAAACCUGAACACAGAAUCUGUUGAAUCAGAGAAAAGUUAAAUAUUCUCUAGAGACUGAUAUUCUCUGUAGAACAUGACUUGGGCUGUGUCAUGCUAACUAAACCAUUGUUCUUUCAAACUGUUAUGAUGAGCCUCUAAAAGGUACUUUCUCAUUAUGCUGUCUGUCUGCCUGCCUGUCUGUCUGUCUGUCUGUCUGUCUUGUCUGUCUGUCCCCAGUACUUUACCUGCCUCCUGCUCAUCCUCAUCGCCCAGGUUACGGCUGGGGUACUCAUCUACUUCCAGAGAGACAGGGUGAGUUAUACCUCCACCUCUCCCCUCCCCCCUCUACCUCAUCUACAGUACUUCCAGAGAGUCGGGGGGUGAGUGUCCUCUCUCCUGUCCACUCUCUCCCCCUGUCUGUCGUCCCCCUCCCUCCUGUCCACUCUCUCCCCCUGUCUGUCAUCCCCCCUCCCUCCUGUCCACUCUCUCCCCCUGUCUGUCCCCCCCCCCUCCCUCCUGUCCACUCUCUCCCCCUGUCUGUCCCCCCCCCUCCCUCCUGUCCACUCUCUCCCCCUGUCUGUCCCCCCCCCCUCCUCCUGUCCACUCUCUCCCCCUGUCUGUCCCCCCCCCUCCCUCCUGUCCACCUCUCUCCCCCUGUCUGUCCCCCCCCCUCCCUCCUGUCCACUCUCUCCCCUGUCACUGUCCGUCCACUCUCUCCCCCUGUCUGUUCCACCCCUCCCUCCUGUCCACUCUCUCCCCUGUCUGUCAGACCCCCCCUCCCUCCUGUCCACUCUCUUCCCCGUCCUGUCGCCCCCGUCCUCUCCAGUCCCUGUCCCGUCCCCCCCGGCCUCCCUCCUGUCCACUCUCCCCCCCUGUCUGUCAUCCCCCCUCCCUCCUGUCCACUUCUCUUCCCCCCUGUCUGUUCGUCCCCGGUCCCUCCUGUCCCUCUCAUCCCCCCUGUCCUGUUUGUCCCCCCCCCCUCCUGUCCACUCCUCUCCCCCUGUCUGUUUGUCCCCCUCCCUCCUGUCCACCUCCUCUCCCCCUGUCUGUCGUCCCCCCUCCCUUCUGUCCCACUCUCUCCCCCCUGUCCUGUCGUCCCCGUCCCUCCUGUCCACUCUCUCCCCCCUGUCUGGUCCCGUCCCCCCUCCCUCCUGGUCCACGCUCUCCCCCUGUCCUGUUGUCGUCCCCCCCCCGUCCCUUCUGUCCCACUCUCUCCGCCUGUUCUGUCUGUCGUCCCCGUCCCUGUCUCUACUUCAUCUACCUACAGAAGAACAGGGUGAGUCCCACCACUCUCUCCACCCCACCCCCCACUCUCCCUCCCUCCCACUCCUCCUCACCCUUUCUUGGCCUCUCACCACAGCUGGGACAUACCCAACAUUCCCCCCCCCCCCUAGACAGCUGUGGCUGACUGAGACCUGCUGGGAAUCUCCCUGCCCUGUGAUGGAACCACGGGAAAGUUGUCAGUGAGUCCGAAGUGUUUACCAGUAGCGCUGGCUGUCGGCUAUACAGCAGAUUACAGACUCAUUUUAGCCGUCUACUGUUUUUCCACAAUAUGCAGAAAUCACUCCGCCAUUUCCUGAUUGCUAAAAUUCAAAAUGGUUGGCCUAAUUUCAGUUUAUGUGACCAAACAAGCAAUGCAUAGUGUAGAGAAUCAUUGUACUAUCUAAAACGCUGUGAAAUAUUUUUUUAAAUAAGUCAGAUAAAGUCAGCCUUUCCCGCUAGAAAGAACAAUAUGCAUCUUCUAGGCGAUCUAUUGAUAGGACAGGUACCUGUCUGUCACAAAGUGAGCGAUGACUGGUUUGACAGUCCGCUGUCUGUCCCGCCUCCCGGUACCUGGGGUUGUGUGCGCUGUGGUAGUAGUCACAUUUCUUUACACGGAGGGAGAGAGCAUGAUGCUUCAUCAUCUCUGUGAGUGAAUUUGCACACAGAGGCAUCAUGCCAAAAGGGGGCGAAGGGGCACAUGCCCCGUCCGAUUUGCUCUGUUUAAGAAAAUACAUACAGUAACAGUCAAAUGUUUUGGCACUCCUGGCACAUUCAUGGGUUUUUCUUUAUUUGUACUAUUUUUUUUACAUUGUAGAAUAACAGUGAAGACAUCAAAACUAUGAAAUAACACAUGGAAUCAUGUAGUAACCAAAAAAGUGUUAAACAAAUCAAAAUGUAUUUUAUAUUUGAGAUUCUUCAAAUAGCCACCCUUUGCCUUGAUGACAGGGCUAUGGGAAUGUGCAAGGCGUGUGUUUGUGAAAUGUGUCUGUCUCUGUCGUGACACUUGCCAACUCUGAGCCAACUCUGAGCGGCUGGUGAAAUGUCAACUCUCAGAAUGGGAAUGGAGACGUGUCUGCACGGUGUUGGUCUAUGAUGGGAUAUUGCCCCCUAUAGGUAGAAGAAGGGCACUGGCUGUACAGCCAGGGUUGGUCUUCUGUAACUCCACUGUAACAUAACAGCAUAGAUGCACAGUUGAGUUGGAGGUAUUUUAGUUUUUACCAGCGUGAAAGCCCUCAAAUAAUGUUAUUGUAGAAUAAUGUUGUUCGCAAUUUCAUAUCAUAACUUGUUUCGGCCUGUGAUUGAAGGAGAAAGCAAUAAUGACCUGGGCUUGGUGUAUUAGGUUGUGUGUCUGAACAAUCCAGAUAUCUGCCUUUUGUGUGUGUGUGUGUGUCUGUGUCUGUUUGUGUGUGUCCUGGUCUCCAGUCCAGACUUGAUCUCUGUGUUUGGGGUUUACCACAGGGCAGGGUAGGGUGGCACACUUCCCCAGUACCAGAACAGGGGGAGGCUACCUCCCCUCCCUCACUGUCAUGGUUUUAUCCCCUCCCCUCUUCCCGUCCCCACUCCUCCCAUGGCCUUAUAGAGACACCCCUUUAUUAUUAUUCAUUAUUAAUAUUAUUAUUAUUGUUAUUGUUAUUGUUAUUGUUAUUAUUAUUAUUAUUAUUAUUAUCCAUUAUUAUUCAUUACACUGUUCUUUGCCAACAGAUCUGAUCAGAUCUGUAAGACCAACCUGGGCCCAUAUUCACCAAGUGAAGGCUGCAGCUCUACGAUCAGAAUUUAGUCAUAAACUCAUUCUUCCCUGUCUCUUCCCCAGCUGCAGCAGGAGAUGUCCACCAUCGUCAAGGGGAUGCUGGUCAACUACACUGGUCAGAACAGGACCACAGAACACUCCUGGGACUACAUACAGAGGACGGUGAGUAGCUGGACCUGCCUUAGUUUCGCCUUUAUCAACAUUUAUAUUUUAGUUCAGUCGUCAACUGAAUGUAAUAUCACUGUGCUUUUAACUGUGUAAAAACAAAAAAGCACUUUUAUCCCAAGGUUUUUUAAAAUUUUCCUUUUUUUUUCCUUCUUUUUUUCCCCUUCCCUUUCCCCCUUUUCCCACACCCAAGGGGUUUUUGGGUUUAAAGGGGGGGAAAAGGGGGAAAAAAAAAAAAAGGGGGUUUUUUUUUUUUUUUUUUUUCCCCCCCCCUUUUUUUCCCCCCCUUCCCCCCCCCCCCCCCCCCCUCCCCCCCCCCCGGGGGCCCCCCCCCCCCCCCCCCCCCCCCCCCCCCCCCCCCGGGGGGGGGGGGGGGGGGGGGGGGGGGGGGGGGGGGGGGGGGGGACCCCCCCCAAAAAAACCCCCCCCCCCCCCCCCCCCCCGGGCCCCCCCCCCCCCCCCCCCCCCUCCCCCCCCCCCCCCCCCCCAAAAAAAAACCCCCCCAAAAAAAAAACCCCCCCCCAAAAAAAAAAAAAACCCCCCCCCCCCCCCCCCCCCCCCCCAAAAAACCCCCCCCCCCCCCCCCCCCCCCCCCCCCCCGGGGGGGGGGGGGGGCCCCCCCCCCAAAAAAAAAAAAAUUUUUUCCCCCCCCCCCCCCCCCCCCCCCCAAAAAAAAAACCCCCCCAACAAAACCCCUUUUUUCCCUUUUUUCCCCCCCCUUCUCCCUCCCCCCCCCCCUUCCCUUCCCCCUUUUCCCCUUUCCUCCCCCCCUUUUUCCCCCCCCCUUUCCCCCUUUCCCCCCCCCCUUCCUUCCUUCCUCCUCCCCUUUCCCCCCUUCCUUUCUUCCUCCCCCCCUUUCCCCCUUCCUUCCCUUUUCCCUGGGGAAAUGGGGGUUGGGGGGUUAAAAGGUUGGGAGAACGUGUGGAUGGGAAAUUUCCCGCCCCCGUAUUCCUGCUCCUGUCAAAUAAAACCCCUCCCCGGGGACAGAUGUAAAGGGAAAUGGGCUUGUGAAAACCUCUUGCGACCCGCCGUAUACCAAACUAUGUUUAAAAGAGGGGCAGACAAAGGAGACUGGGCUCUGGAACACCUCUCUGUUGACCUGCCAAUUUCCAAAAUAUGUUAGAAGGGGGAAGAGAGAGGGAAAAGAUGAAGGGGGACUGGGGGUCUGUGAAAAACCCCUUGUUGACCCGCCCCUAAACUAAAAAGGUUGUUAAGAGGGACAGGAGCCCCCACUAGUUUUUUGGUUUAUAGUAAGUGUGUUUUGGUUUUUUGUAAAAAGGGGCAGGCCGGUGGAGGGGUCUUGGGAUUGAACCAAGCUACUCGGUGGGCAAAUUUUUCAAUGACAUUUAAUGAUGUCUUUUCUGGUUUUAAUUCGUAUGAGGGACUGCAGUACCCGUUAGGGGUUUCAAAAGGUUACUGAUCCCUCUAAAGGCUACUGUUGUUGGCCCCGCACUCACAGUUCCCAACUCCGACCCUGUGUUUGUAUUGAUAAAAAACCUUAUCAACAGCAGAGGAAUCCCAGUUUCCUUUUGGGGGGAUGACUGUUUUAAUAGAGGGAUUCUUUGUAUGGAUUCUAUUCUCUUCUUUUUCCCAAACCCGCCCCUGGUUUUUUUUCUAUCUACAGGGCCCCGCCAAAGACAACACACACACACCAGUACAAACCAAACACACACACACCACACCCCCAAAAUGUUCUGCCUCGUCCAAAGCAACAUUUUUUUUGGCGAGCGUCCGGGUUUGUAGGGUUUAGAUCACCCCCCCAAUGGUUUUUUUUUGACCCUUUUCCCUUUUCUUUUUUGAUUUCCCCCCUUUUUUUUUUGACUCCUUUCCCCUUUUCUUUUGCACUCCCUUUUUUUUUUUCUGAAAAUUUUUUUUUUUUAUUCUCCUUUUUCUUUUCUAUUUUUUUUUUUUUCUUCCUCCCCUUCUUUUUUUGACGGGUUUGUUUUUUUUUGCAAAAAUUUUUCCCCCUUUUUUUUUGAUCCCCUUUUUCUCUUUUUGACUCCCCUCCCCCUUUCUUUUUUGCACGGUUCCUCCCUUCUCUCUCUUUCUGCACUCCUCUCCUCCCUUCUCUCUCUUUCUGCACUGCUCUCCUCCCUUUCUUCUUUCUGCAGCUCUCUCCUUUCUUUCUUUCUCUCUCUCUCUCCCUAAAAAUGAAAGAGGACCGGAAAUUGCAUUUUUGAUUUGAAGGGUUUUUUACUUUGCCCUUUUCUUAUAUCUGUUAUUUGCUGAAGUUUUUUAUUUAAUAGUUUUCAAAUAGCAAAUCUUUUUCCCCUCUAAAUUAAAUUUCCCAAUUUUUGGGCCCAGGGGAAACAUCUCUUUUCCUCCCCGUCUCCCCCUCUCUCCCCUUUUCCCCUUUCCCCUCCCCCCUUUUCCCCCUUCCCCCCCCCUUCCUCCGCUUUCUCUUCUUUCCUCCCCCCCCUCUCUCUUUUUUUAAUCCCCUCCCCUCUCCCCCCCUUUUUUUCUCUCCUUUUCCUCUCUCCCCUCUUCUCUCCCCUCUCUCUUUUUUUACUCUUUCUCUCUCCCCCUCCCUUUUCCCUCCUCUUCUAAAAGGGGGUUUCAGGCUAUUUGGGAGGGCUGGUUUUUGGAAAACGUGGAUUUUAUUUUUUGGAAUCUGUGUCGGGGGGGGGGGGUCCCAUUUAGGGGUAUUAUCACACGUGCACACACAUUGGGUACACACACCACCUGCACAAAAAAGCACCUCCCACAGCCCUCAAAACACAGGGUCGCCCAAAAAAAACCAAUGCUGCACCCACCACCAAAACACACCCCAAACACACAAACACCACCAGCCCCCCUCCUCAUGUUCGUAUAAAGUUUUAAAGGGAAGGGGGUAUGCAUGCUCCCAACAUCACUAUUUAUUCACCUGCCCCCCUCAGUGGGAUGCAUCCUGCAACCUCUUAGUUUUUAUUUCCCACCCUCACUAUUAUGCUUUUUCCGGGAACCCCCCCGUAGUAUGCUUUCCUCCCACCCCAGUAUAUCAUUGAACCCUCAGUAGUUCCAUCCUGCCCCCUCACUAGUAUGAACCCUUUCCCCCUCAGUAUUAGGGCCCCUCCCCCCUCAGAAAUUAUCAUCCUGAACCCCGUAGUAUGCAUCCUAAAACCCUCAUUUUAGUAGGCAUCCUAAACCCCCCCGGUAGUUUUUUUCAUCCUAAAACCCCUUCAGUAAUCCCUUUCCUGCAACCCCCCAGUAGUUUGGCUUUUCCUAAUUUGGACCCUCCCCUUUUUGGGAGUAGCAUUUAAAACCCUCAGUAAAUGCUCCGCCCCUCAGUAUAGCAUCCUAAACCCUCAGUGAGGGCACCCUGAACCCUCAUUUUUUUGGCAUCCUGCCCCCUCAGAAAGGAAAUCAUCCUGAACCCUCAAAAAAUAUCCCCUCCGCACCCUCAUUUUUUUAUAAAACCCUUUUGAAACCCUCAGUAGAUCCCUCCGGGCCCCCCCAUAGUAUCAUCCGCCCCCUCAUUUUAGUAUGCACCCUAAACCCCUCCGUAUUAAGCCUCCCCCUCAUUAUAUGCACCCUUUCCACCCUCAGUGGGAUGCACCCUUUGCACCCCAUAGUUUUGAAAUUUUCACCCUAAAGUAGAGGGAUCCUGAACCUGAGUAGGCACCCUGCCCCUCAGUAUUUUUCAACCCAAAAAACCCCUCAGUAUAUGCACCCUAACCCUCAGUAGUAUGCAUCCUGCACCCUCAGUAGUAUGAUCCUGCACCCUCAGUAGUAUGCAUACUGCACCCUCAGUAGUAUGCAUCCUGCACCCUCAGUAGUAUGCAUCCUGCACCCUCAGUAGUAUGCAUCCUGAACCCUCAGUAGUAUGCAUCCUGAACCCUCAGUAGUAUGCAUCCUGCACCCUCAGUAGUAUGCAUCCUGCACCCUCAGUAGUAAUACUAGGAUGUCUACUGUACCCCACAAUACCGUUUUCAGGCGUAUGCGUGCUUCCUGUGUGUGUAUAUGUCUAUGUGUCUGCGUGUGUGUGUGUGUGUGCGUGUGUGUGUGUGUGUGUGUGUGUGUGUGUGUGUAUAUGUAUAUGUGUUGAGUGGUGUGUGUGUGUGUGACGUGUGUGUGUGUGUGUGUGUGUGUGGUGUGUGUGUGGGUGGUGUGUGUGUGUGUGUGUGUGUGUGUGUGUGUGCGUGUGUGUGCGGUGUGUGUGCGUGUGUGUGUGUGUGUGUGUGUGUGUGUGUGUGUGUGCGUGUGUUAUCAGCAUAACUAACCCAGUGUUAUGUUCCCUUCCAGCUCCUAGGUAUGAUCCUGUCCAUGUGUCUCUGUAAGAGUGUUGUUCAGGAGGACUACUCCAAAGUACCC